AUGUCAAAAGAUAAGGUUCAGUUCCUGGAGCUAUCCGAGUCUUCGUUGGCCAAUCUUCAGCAUCUUGACUUUGAUAGUUUGCUGACUGUGUGGACUACUUUGACCAAAUCAUCACAUUUCAUCAAGAAUGGCAAGCGACUAGAAAAUAUAUCCUGGCGUGUGGUCAAUCGGAACGUUCUUUUGCACCAGACACGGCUGGACUCAAAGGAUUUCAACACACUAGUGUCCAUUUCACAAAAUAAAGGCUUUUCGCAGCCAUUCUUGGCUGGAACAAAGCAGAAAAAGCUGGACAAUGGACAGAAGGCUUUGCAGAGUCAACCUCAAGGGGUGCAAACUCAUGAUCAAGCAUCACAGAAUGCACAUAAUACGCACAAUACCCAAGCCUUGCACACUACGCAUGCACAUACACAGACCCUACAGAAUCAUGACUCACCCUCACAAACGCAGACCCGAUCUUCUCAGGCACGAGCACACAUCCAGACUGCUGAACAGAUUGCGCAAACUCAUGGAGUGAAUCAGCUGUUCUCGCCGAAAGCAGGGCCCAAAAGUCCCCAGCCGACGAGGCCUACAGUGGAGAGAACAAACACGUCAACCUCGAUAGUCCGCGGAUUCUCCCCACGGGCUAGUAAUAGCAUGUUCUAUAUCGAGAGUUCUCCCUCUCCUGUGGAAAGCGAUUUAAUUGAUUCUAUAGACAGGCUGACAUUGGAAGCAGGACCUUCUGAGCAGAGGCAGAAGGAUUUUGAGUCCCACCACCAACAGCACAGGAUAACUACAAGCAACGUGGACAAAUUGCGAGUGUUGCAACAGCAACAGCAACAUCAGCAGCACCAGCACCAGCAACAGCACCAGCAGGACCAUCACCACCAGUCUCAACUCUUCGCGAAUACUGCUAGCACGGUCCGUCCAAUUAGCCCGGGGUCUGAAAUUCAAAGCAAUAAGUCGCUUUUCGGCAACAAUAACGAUCCAAAGGCCAAAGUAAUGUUCUCAUCUGACGACGACUUCUCGGAUGGGUCUGACUGGUCGUCUUUGAGCGAGGAGGAGUUUGACGAUUCCGAUGAGGAAAACCAGUCAAAGCUUGAGUUUGAGAAAACGAAGCAGGAGGAGCCGGUGAUCAGGCGAAGUUUGUUGUCUGGGCUGUUCUUGAAUGACUUGAAUGCCCAGAAUCAGAAUCAUUCUCAGCCUCAGAGUCAGAGUCAGAGUCAGAGUCAGAGUCAGAGUCAGCAACAGCCACGCCAUCAGCAAAGUGUGAAUCCAAAUGGACCCGAAUUGCCUAAAAAGCUGUUCCAGGAUGAGAAGUCCCGCAGCAAGGAGAGGCGUGCUGAAAGAUCGGAGAGAUCUCCAGAACAUUCUGAGAAGCAUGAAAAAUCGUCUGAAAGAUCAUCUGAUAAACCUCUUUCUCCGGAGUUCCACGCGAGCUCAUUAGAAAUCACCUCUCACAGAGUCACCACUACUUCCUCGUCCCACGUUAAUGCGUCUGCAACGCCGACAAUGCCGUCUGUUUCAAAGAGCGCAAUCAAUCUGGCUUCCUUCUUUGCCAAUUCUCGAAGACCUAACAAUGCCGACUCCAAACACCAAUCGAAUGCUCCACCAACAGCAGCCACUCUUCUUCCAACAGCCCUUUCCACGCAUAUGUUCUUGCCUACCCAGCAACACCAUCGUGGACAUACGCCAGCAGCGGUUCCACAGAGAGCUCGCAUGAUAAAAUCGCCAAAGCAGAUGCCUGUUGUGGAUCCACAACAGUCUCAUCACCAAGCCCAACCGGUUGAGAACGGAAAUCUCUCUCCUCGCACCCAACGCAGGCAGAUGAUCUCGACUGAAUUAUCUGAGUCUUUGCGAAAAUCCAUCGUUUGGGAACGUAGUAUGAUGAUGCGUUCUGAUGAAAACAAAAACCCAGCGGCUGCAAGACCCCCGGCAUCGCGAAAGGCAUCUCGCGAACGCAGGCCAGCUACUCCGAAAGUUACUCCGAAAUUGCAGCAGCAUGGGUUCAAGAAUAAUCAUCAAGAGUCCGAAGGAGUUGAAGCACUAUCCCUGAACGGCCCCGGAUUGCAUGCUGCCGAAGUUGAGGAGGAAAAGACCUCAAACAUAAUCGUCAGCGGGGUUUUAGGGCGCCAGAAGAAUCCCUUAAUUGAGAUUGAUUCGCCGCUCGUGAACUCGGCCAAUAGGCGGCAGGGCGUCCACUACGUGGAUGUUGAAGUACCUGUUAAAGGCGACGAUGACUGGGAUAACGAUAAUUACCAUGCAAGGGGAUGGUAG